UUGUUGCGGGAAAAUCGGAAAAUUCACGUGCUAGCCGAUAAAUGCGUCGCAACGCUUCGUUCUACGACCUAUGAAUGAUAUUUUUGGGCAUCUGUCAGUGUUGAGAAAAAAUUCUCUUUUUGCUAUUUGUGUUGAAAAGAAGUCGAGCAAAUAUUGAGAGACCCUGAGCAUUGUAUUUUCUGCUAAUUGGUUCAAUUGAUUCGCAUCUUCAAGUUGUGAUUCCUUCAAUUGAGACCAAGUGAAGUUUUAUUUUGUGCACAAGAACACGUUGUGAGAUGAAUAAUUUGGGUAUUUCGACGGAUCCUGCUCUCCUUGGGGUAGAUUUGCCCUCAUCACUCACGACCUCACCGUCUGUGUCAACCUUCAUGCCCGAAGAGGAUGCAUCCAUAUGUCCACUCCUCCCAACAACACCCAGCCCACCGCCAAUGGAUUUUAUACAUCCCCUCACGCCAAGUACGGGGAUUGAUGAAGGAAAUAAUGAAGAUCUCGGUGGUGAGUUUCAAGGUGAUGAUGCUCAAGCAGAUUCAAGCUCUUCAGGAAGUAGCUCAGGCAUUGGGAUUCAAGUCACUGCCAAUGGACCAGGAUCUCUCUUCAAUAAGCACGCAUAUCAGCAUUUGGGCAGCAAAAAUGGAGACAUUACGCAAGACAAUGGUGUUACCCAAACAGGAGUCUUUAGCAUCCCCAUGACAAAGGAUACACCGUCUUUUGUGAACUGGAACUGGCCUCUCAUCCGCAAAUGUACCUUCUUCCUCUUCAUGUCCGGUCUCUUUGCAAUGUGUGCCAUUGUUGUUGCCAUGAUGUUCAAAUUACCCAAAUCCUGCAAUCCCGAAGUACCCUGGUACAAGGGAGCUGUCUUCUAUGAGAUCUUCCCGGCGAGUUUUCAGGAUUCCAAUGGGGACGGUUUGGGUGAUUUAAAGGGCUUGGCGAGUCGCAUUGAUUACCUGGAGAGUUUGGGCGUUGGAGCUGUACGGUUGAAUUCAAUAUUCCCCGCCAAGCACUAUCCGGAUCACUUCCAGAAUGUCACAACUCUCCUGGACAUUGAUGAAAUUCUGGGAACUCCGAGGGAUUUAACGUAUUUGGCGCGUAUACUGCAAAGAAGGAAUAUUUCAUUGAUCCUGGACCUUCCCAUUUAUCCUCUUGUUAAGCAUCUCGCUGUAAUUCGUGAGAAUUUCACGGAAGCAACAAACUCAACUGACACGGAAGAUGAGGAAGUGUUCCAGGAUAGUGACACUUCGGAAGAUCCUGUACUUACAGCUAUGCGAUUUUGGCUCUCAAUGGGUGUGGAUGGAUUCUAUGUGAAAGGACUCGAGAACUACGCAGGUGAUCCGUAUUUAAUUGAGAAUCUUCAAGAGUGGAAAUUCGCUUUGGGCUCUGAUCGGAUUCUCAUGGUUAGUAAACUCGUCUUUGACUCUGUGGAUGAUGACACGGCGGAGAAGGUGAGGCAUUGCGUGGAUUUGGUGGAUGUUUUCGUGGAUGUCUCCAAUGGGACAAAAGUCAUUGCUGAGAAGGUUCAAUCAAUCCUCAAUUCUCGCUUCCUGGCACCUGGUUUUGGUCCAUGGAUUCACUGGAGUUUGGGUGGUGUAACCGAGAGAAGAUUGGCCCAAGGAACAAGCUCAAAUAUUUCUCUAGCAGCCACACUCAUGCAGCUCAUGCUUCCGGGAACUCCGAGCAUUUUCUACGGAGACGAAGUUGCUCUGCAGGAAGUUUAUGAUCCUCUCGGGGAGCACGAAGAGUCCAAGCAUCUGCAUCAUCUCUCAACAAUGGUUUGGGAUUCGGAAAUUCAGUUCACGGUGAAAGAGCAUUUGCCUUGGCUACCUCGGGGAGCCUUUGUGGCUUUCCAUCAUUUUGAACAUGUGGCAGGGAUGAUAAGACUUCGUGGAAUUUCUCCUUCCAUCUACCAGAAUGCCGUCAUAAAGGAACAUCAAUCGGUUCUCAAUACUGCUGUGAGAUACAGCAAAAAUGAUAUCUUAAUCCUCGAAAGAUGGUACCCCAGACGAAAUACCUUCACAUCAAUCUCAAAUUUUGGAAGUAAAUCCCUCGUCCUUGACCUCUCGGGGAUGUUCUAUGCGGGAGAAAUAAUGCUGGGAUCUCUCAAGGGGGAAAAGGUCUUCUUCAGCAGUAUCCAAGUGAAGCCAAUGGAGACGAUUAUUGUAAAGCUGGACAAGUAAGAAGCAAAAGUUUUCAUGAAAAUUGAAAAUUUUUAUUACUCUAGCAUCAGUAAUAAUAAUCUUAAAUGUAUAAAAAAAUACAAAGAUUUUCUGUCUAACAAUGAAAAUAUUACAAAAUAAAAUUGAGAAUCCUAAA